ACACACACACACACACACACACACACACACACAGCAAAGACUGACGGUCAAACUAUGAAGUCAUAUUGUCCCAGACUCCAUUUUAAACUCGACGGAGCAGUCAGAGGAAUACAGGUCAUCUGAAUCAGGUCGUCUCAGAUUUGAGAAGAUGAGUGAUUUGGAGAAAGAGAAGGACAGAUCAGAGUCUCCAGUGUCCAGCUGUCUGUCUUUGAAGAGUGACCAAUCCAGAGAUUUCCCUCCAUUCUUCAGUAAUGAGCCUGGACCCUCAGACACAAAAGAGAAGAAGAAGAGGAGUCAUGUUUCUGGGGAGGAGCAGCCGUCCUGCUGUGUUUUGUGUCAGGACGUCCUGAGGGAUCCAGUCUCUACCAGCUGUGGACACUGGUUCUGCAGACAGUGCAUCACCUCACAUUGGGACCAAUCUGCUUCAUCAGGAGACUCCUCCUGUCCUCAGUGUGGGAAAAGAUCCAGAACAAGAGCUGGACUGCAGACAGCCAGUCAGACCAUCACUGUACAAACAGGUAGUGGUCUGCAGGAAGUUUUAGAUGAACAUAAGAUCAGUCUGAGGAGGAGAUGUGAACAUGUGACUGAAGGAAGUGAUGAAACAGGAAGAGAAACCCUCCUCAACAGGAUCUACACUGAGCUCUACAUCACAGAGGGACAGAGUGAAGAGGUUAAUACCCAACAUGAGGUGACACAGCUUGAGACAGCUUCCAAGAAGAAGAUCCUCCAUGACACUCCAAUCAAGUGUCACGAAAUCUUUAAAGCUUUACCUGACCAACAGAAACACAUCAGAGUCAUUCUUACGAAUGGCGUCGCUGGCAUUGGAAAAACCUUCUCGGUGCAGAAGUUCACUCUGGACUGGGCUGAGGGUUUGGAAAACCAAGAUGUCAGUCUGGUGAUUCUGCUUUCGUUCAGGGAGCUGAACUUGAUCAGAGAUGAGCAGUACAGUCUUCUCACUCUGCUCCAUGUUUUCCAUCCAACAUUACAGAAGGUCACAGCAGAGGAGCUCGCUGUCUGUAAAGUUCUGUUCAUCUUUGAUGGCCUGGAUGAAAGCAGACUGUCACUGGAUUUCCAACACAAUGAGGUUGUGACUGAUGUCACACAGAAGUCAUCAGUCAAUGUGCUGCUGACAAACCUCAUCAAGGGGAAUCUGCUCCCCUCGGCUCUCAUCUGGAUAACUUCCCGACCUGCAGCAGCCAAUCAGAUCCCUCCUGCAUGUGUUGACAGGGUAACAGAAGUACGAGGCUUCACUGACGCUCAGAAGGAGGAGUACUUCAGGAGGAGAGUCAGUGAUGAGGAGCUGUCCAGCAGAAUGAUUUCACACAUCAGGACAUCCAGGAGCCUCCACAUCAUGUGUCUAAUCCCAGUCUUCUGCUGGAUCACUGCUACAGUUCUGGAUCACAUGUUGACUACAGAGCAGAGAGGAGAGCUGCCCAAGACCCUGACUGACCUGUACUCACACUUCCUGCUGGUUCAGACAAAGAGGAAGAAGCAGAAGUAUAAUGAGGAGCAUGAGACAAGUCCACAGGAGCUGACGGAGGCUGACAGAGAAGUUCUUCUGAAGCUGGGGAGGCUGGCGUUUGAUCAUCUGGAGAAAGGAAACAUGUUUUACCAAGAAGACCUGGAUAGGUGUGGUCUUGAUGUCACAGAGGCCUCGGUGUUCUCAGGAGUUUGUACAGAGAUCUUCAAAAGAGAGAGUGUGAUCUUCCAGCAAACAGUCUACUGCUUCGUUCAUCUGAGCAUUCAGGAGUUUCUGGCUGCUGUCUAUCUGUUCCACUGUUUCACCAACAGGAAGACAGAGGUACUGGAGGACUUCCUGGGGAAAGACUGGGAUAAUUACAGACCCCUGGAUGUCGUCCUGGAGAAAUAUGGGAAUAAACACAGACCCCUGAAGGACUUCCUGGGGAAAGACCGGGAUAAAAACAGAUCCCUGGAUGUGUUUCUGAAGACAGCCAUGGAGAAAUCCCUCCAAAGUGAAAAUGGUCACCUAGACCUGUUUGUCCGUUUCCUUCAUGGCCUGUCUCUGGAGUCCAACCAGAGACUACUGGGAGGCCUGCUGGGUUGUACAGACAACAGUCCAGAAAUCAUCCAGAGAGCCAUCAAAAACCUGAAGAAGAUGAGUAGUGAUGAGAUCUCUCCUGACAGAAGCAUCAACAUCUUCCGCUGUCUGCUGGAGAUGAACGACCACUCAAUACAUCAGGAGAUCCAAGAGUUCCUGAAGUCAGAGAACAGACCAGAGAAGAAACUCUCUGAGAUCCACUGCUCAGCUCUGGCCUACAUGCUGCAGAUGUCAGAGGAGGUUCUGGAUGAGUUGAACCUGAGGAAAUACAACACAACAGAGGAGGGACGACUGAGACUGAUUCCAGCUGUGAGGAACUGCAGAAAGGCUGUACUUUCUGGCUGUGGAAUCCCAGAGACUCACUGUGGAGUCAUGGCCUCAGCUCUUAAGUCCAACCCCUCCCAUCUGAGAGAGCUGCACCUGAGUUUUAACUACUAUCUGCAGGAUUCAGGAGUGAAGCAGCUGUGUGCUGGACUGGAGAGUCCAAACUGUAGACUGGAGACUCUGAGGUUGAGGGACUGCAGGUUGUCAGAGAUCAGCUGUGUUUCUCUGGCCUCAGCUCUGAAGUCCAACCCCUCCCAUCUGAGAGAGCUGGAGCUGAGUCACAAUGAGCUGCAGGAUUCAGGAGUGCAGCUGCUGUGUGAUUUUCUGGAGAGCCCACACUGUAGACUGGAGACUCUGAGAUUGAGUUCCUGCAGGUUGUCAGAGAUCAGCUGUGUUUCUCUGGCCUCAGUUCUGAAGUCCAACCCCUCCCAUCUGCGAGAGCUGGAGCUGAGUCACAAUGAGCUGCAGGAUUCAGGAGUGAAGCAGCUGAGUGCUGGACUGGAGAGUCCAAACUGUAGACUGGAGACUCUGAGAUUGAGUUCCUGCAGGUUGUCAGAGAUCAGCUGUGUUUCUUUGGCCUCAGCUCUGAAGUCCAACCCCUCCCAUCUGAGAGAGCUGGAGCUGAGCAACAACGACCUGCAGGAUUCAGAUGUGAUACUGCUGUCUGAUCUUGAGAGGAGUCCACACUGUAAACUGGAGACUCUGAGCUGGAGGUGGUGAUCUCAGAGUGUCAGAGUGAGUGAUCAGCAAGGUGGAUGUGUUGAGAAGAUCAGCUGUGUCCUGAUGAUCCAGAGAGGUUGAAGCAGCAGCAUCAGCUUGUGAAUGGAGAGACACUGACUGGACCAUGUUACUGGGAGGUGGAGUGGAGAGCAGAGCUUCAUCCAGCAGUGACUAACAGAAGAAUCACAAGAGGUGGAGAUGACUCUCAUCAUCAGCUCCACUGUCAAGUUCACCAUCAUCCCUUUGUGUUCCUCUGGAUCUGACCGAGUAUCAUCAUCAGUGUAUCACUGACUGCUCUGUUCUUCUCCUCCACUCCUUCUGCUCCACACUCAGCCACCUCCUCCACCCUCCACCUGGAUGUGAGUCUGGAUUUUAUAGAUAGAUAGGCUGAAUCUGACUCUGCAGAUUUCUACUGUUUGACAACAUCACAGUAAAUUUACAGUCAUUUAAACGGCACUCAGGCUGCUCAGAUUACAGUGAACUAGUGUAAGGCCUGUGAUUGUCUCUGUAUUGUUUUGUGUUGCACCUCCAUACUGUGGAAUGAUGGAGAACUGCUGUUCAUGUUCACAUGAUCCUGUAUGUUGGAGGUUGAUGUCAGGAUGCAGAAGUCUGCAACUACAUUUAAUCAUUUUUAUCACUGAGAUUUUAUUUCUAUAUAUAUGAUCUAUUUGCUUCUGCAUAUGUAUGUUCCUAUUUUAUUUGAAUAAUAUAUUCUGUAGCAGAGUGCAUCAAUUUUUGAGCCAUGGUGGUUUUAUAUUUGUAAAACUUCCUUUAAAAAUCUGUGACGACAUCACAAUGUAAAGUCAAUGAGCUAAGAAGGAACUUGAGGGCGGGGCCAGUAAGAGAAACAUUACAACGCAUAUUCAGUGGGCUACAUCCUGUGGGAAGUUAAGACCUUUUUUGGUGUAUGUGCCAGGCAAGCAGAUCCAUUGGAAUUAAAAGGCACCAUCUUGGCAUAUGACUGCUAGUUAUUAAAAUCUGUGCAGCAACCUCAAGUGAGUCAGGAUCAUAAACUACAUAUAAAAAUGAAUGACAUGACUCCACUUUCCCCCACUGUACAAAAAUGAAGCCAAAAUAUCCUGGAUAUAACUGCUGCCAUUUUGCUCUGGUGACAUCAUUUAGAGCUAAAGUCAAGCAGUAGUGAUCUCCACCAGUGGUGACUUCCCACCCACACACCCAUCUGACAGAUAGUGAGCAGCACAAUAGAUAGCGAGCACACCGAUUUGCACACACAGCUGUCAGUCAUGUCCUCAAUUCCACGUAUAUUUAACAUCAAGUUACUAGUUAUAACCAAGCUUAUUAGAAAAAACACUUGAACACACAGCAGCAUGAUAAGAACUACCUAAAAUAAUAGGAACCAGACUGUUUAUUUUGGCCCAUGUCCUAUCCACGAACAUGGAGGGGGCAGGGUUACGUAUACAGCAGCCAGCCACUGGGGACGAGAUGUUUUGGCUUCACUUUUGGGGAGCUGUCACAUUGUCCAUCUUUAUACAGUCUAUGGUAAGUAUAGCUGGGGCGGGAGCAGCUACGUAACUUGCCCACCAUCAGUCUACAAUCAGUCCCCUUUGCCCCUUGGUCUGGAAGGGGCGAAGGGGAACAUCUGUUCCUCUGUUAAAAAUCUCAGUGUGACCUUUGACAGUGCUUUUAAAUUCGAUAAACAAGUUAGAUCAGUAAUACAAACCAGCUUUUAUCAACUCAGGCUUUUAGCUAAAGUAAAGGGCUAUCUCUCCCCCCAAAAUCUAGAGCGGGUAAUCCAUGCUUUUAUAACCUCACAUCUGGACUACUGUAACUCGCUUUAUGUCGGUAUUGACCAGUCACUGCUACACCGUCUACAGCUUGUCCAGAACGCAGCAGACCGCCUCCUCACUGGAAAGCGUAAACACGAACACAUCACACCACUCUUGGCCUCACUCCACUGGCUUCCAGUGUGUUUUAGAAUUGAUUUUAAGAUUUUACUGAUUGUUUUUAAAGCCCUAAAUGGGCUGGCACCCCCUUAUUUAACCGAACUCCUGCACUUUCAUGCUCCCUCCAGAGCCUUGAGAUCAGUCAGUCAGCUAUUACUGGCUACUCCUAGGACUAGGCUGAAGACCAGAGGUGACAGAGCCUUUGGGGCAGCUGCCCCUAGGCUCUGGAAUAGCCUGCCCCUGCACAUUAGGUCUGCCCAGACCCUAGAGGUUUUUAACUCUUUUCUUAAAACCCACUUCUUCUCUCAGGCUUUUAACUCAGGUUGAGCUGGACACCCAAACAUUUUAUCUUAUUUUUAUCUCUUUAACUCUUGUAUUUUAUUUUAUUUUGUUGUAUUGUAUGUUUAUGUAUCUCAUGGUUAUUAUUGUGGUGUACUAUUAGGUAUCUCAUUGUAUUUGCUUGUUUAUUUCUAUUGACCUGUUCAGCACUUUGGUCAACCUUGGUUGUUUUAAAUGUGCUUUAUAAAUAAAGUUUGAGUUGAGCUGAGUUGGAAGUGGAACCCCUAAAGAAAAUGCUGAGUUAGAAUUUAGCUAGCUAGAGCUAGAGUUUGGUUAAAAGAGAGGCGGUUAGGAUAAUGGUAAUGGUGAGGGGUACAUCUCGGUACUUAUAGUGGAGUAUUGGUGCUUUUGGCCUCAUAUUUAUUCUCUACAAUGUCAUGUUGUAGCAGGGUUCAGAUAGCUGUCAUGUCGGAGGAUUUGUCUUAUGCUGGUGGUGGGUGUUAUCUGAAGGAGGAAUGUCAUGUAGGCUCCUAAUGAUAUGUGGCUGCAGUUAUACAUGUCUCACCUCAAGACCCCAGGAACGCCAUCCAGCAUUGCAGCCAAUUUUUUUUUCCAGUGGCCACUUGAGGUAUUGCAACAAAACAUCCCCCGCAGCCCAAAAAACAUUUUUCCCCACAGAUAAUUACUUCUCUCUUUAUUGAAACUUCCAUAUUUGUGAGAACAGAUGAAGUUGUGACAGUACUGUUAGACAAUAUCUAUUAUGAAAGUACUAAAUAACACCACAGGGACGACAUUGCAAAAUAAAGUCAGACUUGGUACCUUAAUAUUGCAUUUAAUCUACUUGCAUGGACUCUCUAGUGAUUCUGACUUUGGCAAAGGUGAUGGUUGUGAUGACGAUGAUGAAGAUGAUGAUUUUUCUGUAUUUAUUUUUUUAUUUUACCAAGGUUAUGAUGAUGUCAUCAUUAAUGUCAAAUUAUUGUUGUUUAGCAUGUCAAACAAACAAAUAUGUUUGUUUUAUUUAUUUAUUUUUUUUCUGGAGACAAAGGCUCUAGUCUAAGUUGUGCUUCAUUUUGCUUUCUGUAAAAUGCACUAUAUAUGAUGAAAUUAGAAGUCAAAUAUCCUGAGAAUAGUAAUCAAACCCUUCUCCCUAUCCUUUCACUGUGCAUGU